AUGUUAGACGAUAAGGCGCCGAGAUCCCAACUCGGUGCUCCGUCUUUUUACAUCGAGAAUCUGCUGCGGACAUCCGGCGCGGAUUCCUCGGCCGGAGAGAGCGUGGAGACCUCCGGGUUCAAAGUUUGGGGGGCUGCGCCCAUCCCGGUGGUCUGUAGGGUGCUGGAAACGGGACAGCCGCUUCAAAAAACUGGAGAUAUUUAUGGGUCCAGCAUCACAGAUAAAUGGGGGGUCCAUGCAACACAGAGACGAGGGGAUUACCAAGUUUUACCAGACUCAGCGGAGGAGAGCGACGAAUCAGAGGAGAAGAGAGAUGAUAGUUCAACAAAUGACAAAGAGGAAGAAACUGUGCAGUCUCCCUACAUCCUCGGGGAGGAUAACUGUGAUACAGGUGAAGUCAAAAUGCUGCGGAAGAAGAAGACGCGCACCGUGUUCAGCCGUACUCAGGUCUUCCAGCUGGAGUCCACCUUCGACCUGAAGCGCUACCUGAGCAGCACAGAGCGAGCCGGGCUGGCCGCUUCGCUGCAGCUCACGGAGACGCAGGUCAAGAUCUGGUUUCAAAACCGCAGGAACAAGUGGAAACGCCAGAUCACCGCCGACAUAGAAAGCGGUGGAGCCGUCGUACCUUACGCCGCCCACAGGGUCGUCAGAGUUCCUGUGGUGUACCGAGAGGACAUUGGCACGCCUCUGACUCUGGGCGGCCUGCCACAGGGGUCGCCGCCAGUUGUUGGGGUCUCAAAUCCCACCUGUCCACUGGCUGGACACUUCACCCACCCAAUGAUGUUUAUGUCACCACUGAUGACAGGACUGGUAUGA